AUGGGUCUCCCAUACUCGAAAGAAAUCCAUGCGGCAUUCGAUCAGGUCACGCCACUCGUGGCCGCAGGAUUCGAGGUCCUCCAAACCACCAAAGACAUCGCCAUCUUGCUGGCGGUCAUCCAGGUCGUGACGGCCCUGUCACUAAUACUGAUCCUGCUGGCUCUGAUCGCUCUGCUAUUCACCGUUAAUCCAGACCUCGAAAAAGAGAGGGUGCAGCUGGUGACACCUUUUAUGCAAUGGCUUGCCAGCUGGGUCUACAAAUAUGGCAGACUCGCAAGUCAUGUCCUCAGAAUCGUGUUCACGGUCGGGGUCAUCGUAUUCGCGUGGUCCAUCUGGCAAGGGUUAACAACAGGGCAUAAGGACCCAACAUCGGAGGAAGAUGAGACCGAUGAGAAGGAAAAUCAAGACGAAGAUACCUCGAAAGAAACAGAAAAGGACGGCAAAGGGGCAAAGGACUCGAAGACCGCGAAGGAUGGCAAGAAGGAGAAGUGA